CUAUUGCGUCCAUUUCUCUCUUUCAUCCACUCUUACCGUCUUCCAUAUACCCCACAUUCACCAUACACAAAUGCAAAAACAGAAAGAAAAAAAAAUAUUAAGAAAAGAAUCUGUGAUCAGAUUUCUAGGGUUUUACUUCUGUUGAGCCUCUGGAUGUCUGAUCUAUUAUAACAUAUCUGGUUCUUCUUUUUUUAAUCAUCCAAAAACCAAAUAAUAAUAAUAAUAAUAAUAAUAAUAAUACAGAAGGUACAAAAAUGGUUCGGUGCAGCAAUUGUUUUCUCACAUUACUUAAUUUUGUGACGUUGGUGGCUUCAAUAAUACUCAUAAUGAUGGCCAUGUCGUUCAAUAUGCAUUCGAAUGAGUCUCUCUGCCAGAAAGAGCUUCAAAAGCCUCUAAUGAUAUUAGGGGUAACACUUUUGGUGCUUUCUUUGAUGGGAAUUGUAGGGGCAGCGUGCCAUGUCUCAUUUUUGUUAUGGAUAUAUUUGUUCUUGUUGUUCUUGGUCAUUAUAGGGAUGAUGAUUUACUCGGUUUUCAGCAUCGUUUACACGUUGAAUCAUCUAGAUGAUAAAAAACCGGAGAAAGGUGACUGGGAAGACAAGUUUCAAGAAUACUCACAAUGGAUGAAAAAUCGGAUGCCUGAUGAACGACACUGGGAUAAGAUUAAGAGUUGUAUGGUUGAUGCCAAAUUUUGUAACUACCUUCCAAGGGACAGAACUGAGGAAUUUUACAAAACUAAGAUGAACCCUAUCCAGUCUGGUUGUUGCAAACCGCCAACGUACUGCAACUUUCAGUUCCAAAACGCAACAAGUUGGAUCGUGCCAAAAACAGGGCCAGUAGUGGGAGACCCUGACUGCAAGGCUUGGAGCAACGGACAGAAGGAGAUGUGCUACAACUGCAAUUCAUGCAAGAAAUCAUUCUUUGACAACCUCAAGAAAUAUUACAAGCAUUCCUCUCUCAUAAGUUUUUGUAUCUUCGUUAUUCUCUCCAUUGUUUACUCUAUUGGUUGUUGUGCUCUCACUAAUAACAGUUACAGAGAAAGGGCAUACGUCUAUCAUGGCUACAGACCCUAUGGUUCUGGUCCUUAUGGUUACCCAUGAUCUGCAUGAUCACACCAUAAUUUUUGGAUUCAUUUGGCUUGUUAAAAAGCUUCCCUAUGGAUUAGUACUAGUAUACAAUAUGACAAUAUUUCAUGUUGCAUUUAUUGUCUAUUGUAUAUGGACAACUCACUGUUCUAAACAACUUCUUGUUAUAAUAUAUGUAUCACUUUUACUAGAUUAAAAACA